AUGUCCGCGAUGCGAAGGUCUGAAAUCUCGGUUUGCAAGAUCGUGAGUCGCUCUUUCCGGGAACCCGAGCCACUACUGCUACUGCAAGCCACUGACGACGUUCGAUCGUUCGCAGAACGCACUGCGCUCCGCUGGAUACAGCGCUACAUCCGGAACUUUGGCGGAGACCCCACUAAAGUCACCCUAAUCGGCCUUAGUUCCGGCGCGGUCUCGGCCGGCUUCCACACCGUCUACAACGACGGCGAAAACCUGUUCCGCGCACUCUGGGCCGAGUCCGGCGCGAUCCAACCACGGCUGGAUCGACGCGCCAGAGCCCCAGGCGGCGCGGUGACCAACACCUCCGCCGUCAACAGUCUGUGGUCACCGCGGGCGGACGGGGCAGUCUUCCUGGACCUCCCACAAAAGCUGCUCACCUCGGGGCGUGCUCAUAACGUCCCUGUUGUUGCCGGGAACGCGGAAGACGAGGGCACGCUGUUUUCCCUGAACAUUCCUGGCCUCACUUCUGACGCAGAGUUCCUCCAAACGCUCCUGUCCACUGGUUGGUUCGGAAACCUGAGCGCGCCGCAAGGGCCACAGCUGCUCGAUCUGUACUCCAACGACCCGGCGCUCGGUGCGCCGUACGGGACCGGGGAUGACUUCCAGUACGAGCAGAUGCACAAGCGCUUCGCAUCGGUGGUGGGAGACGCGACCAUCGACGCCGUCCGGCGGCUGUUCUCGCGCGAGAUGAGCAAGAAAAACCACGUCUGGUCCUACUUGUACAGGCGCCAUAAAGUCGCCGGCUUCGGAUCGACGCACGGCUCCGAAAUCCCCGAGAUGUACCAGACGGUCGGGAGCCAGCUCCAGGACCUCUUCAUCCACUUCGCGAACACGCUCGACCCGAACGGGACGCCCGGCGUCGCGCAGGCGUGGCCCAAGUACAGCGAGAAGGCGCCGGUGCUGCUCGACUUCUCGGGCAAUUCGACGCUCCGGCUGACGGACGACACGUACCGGGGGAAGCAGAUCGACUUCCUCGUGGAUCUUUCGCAGCAGUACCCGUGGCCGCUUCAAUGA